GAGUUCCUAUAUUCGCUUCUACCACUACUGUGGAGGGAGCCUCAUUCAGCGACGUUGGGUCAUCUCUUCUGCUAGAUGUAUUAAGAGUGUGUCCUUCGUGAAGUGGCGCGCUGUUCUUGGCGAACAUGACCUAGGUGUCAGCAGUGACACGGAACAAAUCAUCCCUGUUUUCUCUAUUUACAUUCACCCUGAAUGGUCUUCUCUGGUUUCUAAAGGAAAUGAUAUUGCCUUGGUGAAACUAUCAUCUGAGGUCACCCUAAACUCUUACGUUCAGCUUGCUUCUCUCCCCUCCCCCGGCCAAAUUCUGCCUCACAACAACCCAUGCUAUAUGACCGGAUGGGGACGAACGUACGUUGAAAAAGGUGAGCUUCUGCCGCUUAAGCAGGCCUUCACUCCAGUGGUGGACUACCAAACCUGCUCCAGCAGGGACUCAUGGUGGGGCGUCAUAAAACCCAUUAUGAUCUGUGCUGGAAGGAGUGAAAUUACCUGCAAUGCAGGGAUUUAUGAAAGAAGAGUGGACAUGUGAUGAUGUUGGACACAUUAUCCACACCAUUAUCAGUAUUAGCUGCCCUGAGGGUAUAAAAGAGAAGUGGACAGAGGCUGUUGCAGCAGAAAGUGUGAGGAGACUGCAGACAUGCUCAGGUUUCUUUUGUUGACCUCUCUUGCAGCCUUGGUGCUGGCUGAGCCCCAGCCCAGGUACCUGGAGGAUGAGUCUGGUGAGGAAAGAGUGGUAGGAGGAGAGGUGGCCAGACCAAACUCCUGGCCAUGGCAGAUCUCCCUUCAGUACAAAUCUGGAAGCUACUUCUAUCACACCUGUGGAGGAACCCUAAUCAGGAGAGGAUGGGUGAUGACUGCUGCUCACUGUGUGGACAGCUCCAGGACAUGGCGUGUUGUUCUUGGAGAUCAUGACAUCAACAAAAAUGAGGGAAGAGAGCAAUACAUGAGCGUGAGCAGGGUCUACAUUCACCCCAACUGGAACUCCAACAACGUCGCUGGAGGCUAUGAUAUUGCUCUGCUGCGCCUGUCCUCCGAUGCUGUCCUCAACAACUACGUCCAGCUGGCCAAUCUGCCCCCCUCCGGCCAGGUUCUGUCCCACAACCAUCCCUGCUACAUCACCGGAUGGGGACGCACUCAGACUGGUGGUAGCCUGUCUGCUCAGCUGAAACAAGCCUACCUGCCUGUUGUUGACUACAAAACCUGCACCAGCUACGGAUGGUGGGGCAGCACGGUGAAGAACACCAUGGUCUGUGCUGGAGGUGAAAGCGACUCUGGCUGCCAGGGUGAUUCUGGUGGCCCCCUGAAUUGCAGUGUCAACGGCCAAUGGGUGGUCCACGGAGUGACCAGCUUUGUGUCUUCACUUGGCUGCAACACCUACAAAAAACCCACUGUCUUCACCCGUUCUUCUGCUUACAUCAGCUGGAUGAACAGCAUCAUGGGUUAAGAAGAUGAGCAAUAUACCUCGAAAUAAAAGAAAAGUCUGGAUUUUUUCUUCACUCCAUCAAAAUAAAAGUAAUAAAAAUGAUAUCCUG